CGGCGUCGUCCAGAGCUUUCGCGAACGCUGGGCAAAGAUUCAUAAAGCGCGGUUGCCAUUGUUCUCCGCUUUCCCUUUUCUCGGACUUACCCUCAUCAUGGCCUCACAUUUGGCAAACAUCUUCGGUACGGAGCAGGACCGCGUGAACUGCUCUUUCUACUACAAGAUUGGCGCGUGUCGACACGGCGAUCGCUGCUCGCGAAAGCACAUCCGGCCCCCCUUCUCGCAGACUAUCUUGCUCCCCAACGUGUAUCACAACCCGGCCCAUGACCCAGUAUGCAAGCUGAACGAGAAGGAACUUCAAGAGGGCUUUGACGCAGUGUACGAAGACUUGUACUGCGAACUUGCGAAGUUCGGGCAUCUGCUUGAGUUGCACGUAUGCGACAACGUUGGCGAUCACUUGAUUGGUAACGUAUACGCACGCUACGAAUGGGAGACCGAGGCGCAAGCUGCUGUAGACAACCUGAACGAUAGGUGGUAUGCAGGUCGGCCACUCUACGCUGAGCUCUCCCCCGUGACGGACUUCCGCGAGGCUUGCUGCCGCCAGAACGAGAAUGGCGAAUGCAAUCGCGGCGGGUUCUGCAAUUUUAUGCAUUUGCGUCUCGCCUCCAAAGAGCUGGUUGAAUCACUUCGCGUAGGGCAGCGUCUAGAGCGUCGCCUCAACCCGCAGAAGACUCAAGGUGGAGGUGGGGGCUGGGAGCCACGGAAGAGGGAUCGCGAACGCAGCGCUAGCCCUCGUCGUGGCGGCCGUGAUGCCGGUGAAGACCGCUGGACCAGGAAAUAGCUGACGCGCCCAUCUUUUCAUGUAGCAUUCCCUUCUUGACUCCUAUAGGUUGUUACGCGUAUAGGUAUGGCGACCAAUCACGGAUCCGAUUUAGCCUUGCAGGUGUCUCGAGACGCCAGACUCCGUUGUUUGUUCCUUCGAUGCCGUGUCGGGGCUGGAUUAGACAGCCCUCAUCCUUGGGCAACGGAGACGGGUAGGUGGCGUUACACUGACCGCCUCUUGUAAGACGGGCCGUAAACUUCAGCUGGCUACCUUCAUCAUGUUGCGCUGUGUAUUGAGUGGAUGUGCAAUAAGAGCUCCGCUUCGCAAUUACGCU